AUGGCCAGCGGUGACUCCAAACGGAAGAAAAAGCGGCAGGCACCGUCUGACGCGGUGCUAUGCCCUUCAAGGUUCAUCCCUCCGGCGAGGAAGCCUAGGACCCUGCCGUGGAUGCCUAGGGCGGGGUAUGAUGCCGAGCUGGACAGGGACAGCGAGCUUCUCAGGGCCGCUAAAAACUAUUAUCCCGAAGGAGAGAACGAAGGAGCUUGCAGCGAGUUCCCCCCAUUGAUGCACAACAGAUCUUGGACGAGAGGGGUGCCGUAUCGUGAUGGUGAUCAGAGUAAACCAUCGGAUUCCAUUGGUAAUUGUUACACACCUGCAACCAAAACAAUGCGCCUGGUCAACAUGCCACCGAAGCGAAGAAUUCCGCCAGUUUUAUACGGUCCCCUGGGUCCCAAUGGAGAGCUACAGUUCCCACCACUAAAGCCCUGGGCUGAAAGAGAGAAGGAGAGGCUUGAAGCGCUCGACAAGAACAAAAGGGAUAAGAAUAAAGUGCAGAAAGGUCUGGUUCUACUAGACGAUUUGGUGUCAGGAGCGUAUGACAAGAGGAAGGCGGCUGAAGCAGAAGCAAAAAGAAAACGAAUGGAGAAGAGAAGACAGGAUAAACUUGAUGCAGAAGUUGCAGCCAAAGAGGCUCUGAGAAAACACUUGGAAAAGCUGAUGUUUGAAUUGCCCCGUGACCCUGAUCAGCAGAUGGAGGAAAUGUUGAAGCUGACCGAGGAGGAGCACUACAGACCGCUACGUAAUGACGAACCCGAACGAAUUAACUUCUAUUUAAACAAGGCAAUAACAGGCAAGCAUCUCCCUGACUAUCCCAUGCACCUGUACCGUCGCGCUAAAAAGGAGGUAGAUAAACAGACAGCACACAUCAAGAAGCGCCUUCUUAUUCUCACGUACCAGGCGUGCGUGAGACAGAGCGAGGCCGAUAUUAAGGAGUUUUUUAUUAUGGCUAUGAAGAGAUGUAUCCUCACCUACAUCCUGGAAGAUCCUAACGAACAGGCACGCUUAAAGAUUAGAUUUAUCCCACCCCUAUGGCCAGCCCACUUCGUCAGGGCUCCCAUGCCGUGGCACACCAGCUUGCUGAAAGCUAAGGAGUCGGUGUUUUUUAGAUAUUAUGAGGGUAAUCCCGUACUUAUCGAGCUGAGGCGAUUGUGGGACGAAAGAUACCAGAACAUAUUCAUUUGUGACAUGGAAAAAAUGCAAGAACAAACCCAAUUUCCACAAUACCCGUCUGAGUUCACGGAGAACCUGACAAGGCUGUGUAAGGAAACCAGGAAAGAGCUCUACGAUAACUGGUUAAUAGACGUCGCUGAUACCAUGAUCAAGAUGAGAUCUCAUUGGUCCGUCUAUGUGGCUAAGAAGAAAAACGAGUCUACCUUCCAAGUGGAGCAGUUCUUUAGAUGUAUUCAUUCGUUGAUGUCAAAGCAAGUUCGUGAUUUGGUUGAGAGAAGCGUCCGCCAUUUCGCUGAACAUUUUUCUUAUUACUUUGAGGGUAACAAUUACUCGGGCAAGUACCGAGACUAUUUGUUCAUAAAGCGUCCACUCCUGCGCAUUAAGGUGAUCGGCCACCCUGGCACUAACAACAUCACUUUCGAGCCCACACUCGAACAUAUGAAGACUUUCAUCGUCAAUUGGUUUAACACAAUCAUCAACGUCAACUGCCAGUUGCCCAGUGUUGACCAGAUUAUGUAUCCUGGUGUGAGACGACAGCGGCCAUAUCUCCUGGGCGUGUACCCUGAGGAGGGGUACCUCAUGGACAUCAUUCAGAAGAGCUUGCAUUACUUCAAUAUAAACAGACCUGGACCCAGGAGCUUUCUCAGCAGCUACGAAGAUUACUUUUAUAUCUUGAACGGAGAAGCCAAACAAGACUUGUUACAAUUCUUUGCUUUGGAACCUCCUCCGUAUUUAAAAGACUUUACGGCUCGCAUCUACAUGUACGAGGCCCUCCGCGACGAAAUCCUGUUCCUCCGCCGAGACAUACCCCUCAACAUGGUGAUGCUCGACUGCGGGCCCAUCAACGACACGCUGUGGGACAUCGUUAACGGCCUGCGGACCUAUAUCGUCGAUCACUUCAUCGCUGUUAAUAGGAAGUGGAACAGAGCAAUUUGCAACGUAUACGAGUCUAUAGCGGCGCGAGCAUCGGAGACUCCGGACACCACGGCGCAGUUGGUUGAACUGAUCGAGUUCAUCACGGAGAGUCGCGACUGUUCAAUGUUCGAUCUCCGGGAGAAGUCGCGGACGACGGCCGAAUACGUACUGUUCUUGAUGGAGCACGCACACUUACACUUCGAAGACGUCAACUUAAACACCCGCGUGUUCCUUUGGCCCCUCGACAUGGAGGAAACCAUUGACCUAACCCUCAAAACCCUGAACACUAAAAGAUCCAUGGCGGAAGACAAACUCCGAAGUAGAAAGACCGUGUUUGAGAGCAAGCUGAAGAAGCACGAGAAAGACUUGGAGCUGUUCCGGCGGUUUGAUCCACCGCUGCUGAAUGUGGAUUUGUUGAAGGAAGUCAUUGCAAAAGUCGAUGAGAUAAACAGCAAUUUGUAUGAAGACAAACGGGAAGCGGAAGAUAUAAUAAAUGAAGAAAUAUUGUUAGAGCAAGAACAGUCGGUGUACUACAGCUUGCAAACUAUGCUCGCGGGCAUCGAACCCUUCCAUAAACUCUGGCACACCGCGCACGACUUUUACGAGGGAUACGAGAAAUGGUACCAUGGCCCCUUUCUCGGUCUGGACGCUGAGCAAAUUACUGAGGACGUAGAAGCAUGGUGGAAACUCCUGUACAAGUUGGGCAAGCAGCUGUACGAGUAUCCUGGAGCUAAGCGUAUAGCGGACAUGGUCAGGAAUAAAGUGGAGAAGUUCAAAGUCCUGCUGCCAGUGCUGUGUGCUAUAUGUAACAGGGGUAUGCGCGAACGCCAUUGGGCCCGAAUCAGCGACCUUGUCGGCGUAGAGGUGGUGCAUGAGCCAGAGACAACACUGGCCGAUAUGGUUGAGCAGGGCAUCCACGUAUACGCUUCACAACUUGAAGAGAUAGAACAGUACGCUUCAAAAGAAUAUGCUCUCGAAAAGGCCUUGAAUAAGAUGAAGGAAGAAUGGAUCGGCGUCAAGUUUGAAGUUAUGCCCUACAGAGACACAGGCGUGGGCAUUCUCACUGGACUAGAUGAUAUACAACAACAGUUGGACGAUCACAUUCUAAAGGCUCAGACAAUGCGUGGCUCGCCGUACGUGAAGGCGUUCGAGGCUGACAUGAUAGCCUGGGAGGAGAAACUCAUCAGCAUGCAGGAUAUUCUGGACCAGUGGUUACAGUGCCAAGCAACAUGGAUGUAUUUGGAACCUAUCUUCUCGUCUGAAGACAUCAUGCGUCAGAUGCCAACAGAAGCGCGUAACUUCCGUGACGUAGACAAGGAAUGGCGUGUUAUCAUGCAGGCCACCUCAAAGGAUCCCAUGGUACUACCUGCUACGGACUUCCCUGGCCUGCUGAAGAAACUGAAGUACAAUAACCUUCUAUUGGAAGACAUACAGAGAGGACUUAAUGAUUACUUGGAGAAGAAGAGACUGUUCUUCCCCAGAUUCUUCUUCCUGUCCAAUGACGAGCUGCUGGAGAUUUUGUCUGAGACCAAGGACCCUAUGCGUGUCCAGCCUCACCUGAAAAAAUGCUUCGAAGGAAUUUACACGUUAGAGUUCAACGCUGCCAAGGAAAUCAUUGGAAUGGAAUCAGCAGAGUCUGAAGUCGUCAAACUGUCUGGCAGCAUUCAACCUGCAGAUGCUAAGGGUAUGGUGGAGCGCUGGCUACAACAGCUGGAGCACCAGAUGAUUGUGAGCUUGCGCGACGUGAACAUGGAGGCCAACAAUGCGUACGCGACCACACAGCGCGAGGACUGGGUGCUGGUGUGGCCCGGCCAGAUCGUGCAGGCCGGCUCUUGCGUGCAGUACACCUCAGAGGCGAUCGAAGCGAUCCAGUCCAACACGCUGCCGCAGCUGGUGGCGCGCAGCACGGAGCAGAUCACGGGGCUCGUGUACCUGGUGCAGGGCGAGCUCGAGCCCGGCAACCGCGUCACCAUCGAGGCGCUCAUCGUGCUCGACGUGCACGGUCGUUCAAUUCUCGAAGAAAUGGUGCAGAAAAAUGUGUGUGACAUAUCGGACUUCAACUGGAUCUCUCAGCUCCGGUACUAUUUGAGAGCUGAUAAGAUGACGUGUUCCAUGAUCACGACCGACGUGGACUACGGGUUUGAGUACCUCGGCAAUACUGGCAGGCUGGUAGCCACGCCACUUACUGAUAGAUGUUUCAGGACUCUAAUGAGCGCACUGAAGUUGAACUUGGGCGGAGCGCCCGAGGGCCCGGCUGGCACGGGCAAGACGGAGACCACCAAGGAUCUCGCUAAAGCUGUGGCCAAGAAGUGCGUCGUCUUCAACUGUUCCGAUGGACUGGACUACAAGGCGCUCGGCAAAUUCUUUAAGGGCUUAGCACAAUCAGGAGCCUGGGCCUGCUUCGACGAGUUCAACCGCAUAGAACUGGAGGUGUUGUCUGUGGUCGCGCAGCAGAUCCUGUCCAUUCAGUUGGCGAUCCUCAGGAGAGAGAAGCGGUUUGUGUUCGAAGGCACGGAGAUCAGUCUCAACCCGACUUGCUCUGUCUUUAUCACUAUGAAUCCUGGUUACGCCGGCCGUACAGAGUUGCCGGACAACUUGAAGGUACUGUUCAGGACGGUGGCCAUGAUGGUGCCAGACUACGCCAUGAUCGGCGAGAUCACCUUGUACUCCAACGGUUUCGUCUGUGCUGGACCCUUGGCUCGUAAGAUCGUGCAAGCGUACAAGCUGUGCUCGGAACAGCUCUCGUCACAGAACCACUACGACUACGGCAUGCGCGCCGUCAAGUCGGUGCUGCUGGCCUCUGGGGCUCUGAAGAAGAACUACCCGGAGAAGGAUGAGUCCCAACUUGUGUUGAGGGCAAUCAUUGAUGUCAAUAUGCCCAAGUUUCUCUCACAGGCAAGUGACAAUUCCACCUACUGUGAUGUGCCGCUCUUCGCUGGUAUAUAUUCGGAUCUGUUCCCGGGCGUAGAGAUCCCACAGCCGGACCGCGCGGAGCUGUUGCGAUGCAUCAAGAAAGACUUGGAUAAGAGGAACCUCCAGGGAACUGAAUGGUAUCUGGAGAAAAUCAUACAGAUUUACGAAAUGAUGUUGGUCCGUCACGGGUUCAUGCUGGUGGGCUCCCCCAUGGGCGGCAAGACUUGCGCCUAUCAGUGCCUCGCGGAUUCCCUCCGGGCGCUCCAGCUAAUGAAACCGCCUCCGCGGCACAAGGAGUUCGGCGCUAUAUAUCGUAUCCUCAACCCAAAGGCGAUUACCAUGGGACAGUUGUACGGGUGUUUCGAUCCUGCUUCGCAUGAAUGGUCGGAUGGAGUCCUCGCAAUAGCGUUCCGCGAGUACGCCAUGUCGGUGACGCGCGACCGCAAGUGGAUCUUGUUCGACGGACCCGUGGACGCCGUGUGGAUCGAGAACAUGAACACGGUGCUCGACGACAAUAAGAAACUGUGUCUCAUGAGUGGAGAGAUUAUUCAGAUGACAAACAAAAUGAACUUGAUCUUUGAGGCUGCGGAUUUAGAGUUCGCAUCUCCGGCCACCGUGUCACGGUGCGGCAUGAUUUACAUGGAGCCCGAACAGCUCGGUUGGCGCGCUUUCCUGAUAUCGUACAACGUGUAUUUGACAAAGAAGUUGAUCCCGGAGCAGUACGAUUUGAUCCAGGAGCUGAUCGAGUGGCUGGUGCCGCCGAUCCUAGAAUUCCUCACGCACAGGUGCACGCAUUUCGUCAUCGUCGGUGAGAUACAUCAGUUCGAUUCGUUCAGCCGCCUUUUCACCUGUCUACUGGAGUCGGAGACGCAGUUCAGUACGAUGUGGCUGCAGUGUACUUUCGUGUUUUCGCUCUUGUGGGGAUUGGCCGCCACUGUCACCGGCGAAAGCCGCAAGGCCUUCGAUGUGUUCCUCCGCAAGCUCCUCGAAGGCAGCAACGCGGCGUACCCUAAACCCAAGUCUUUCAAAUUGACCAAAAACCAACUAUUCCAAGACAAGGAUACGGUGUACGACUACGUGUACGAUAAGAGAAACAACGGCACGUGGAUACCUUGGAUGGAGUUGGAGAAGGAAGUUCCUCUGGCUCCCAAUAUGAAGGUGGGCGACCUGAUAAUCCUGACAAACGAAAACGCGUGCCUGCGCUACUUCGUCACAAAGAUGGUGCGCGCGCGCAUACCGAUCCUCAUCGUGGGCCCCACGGGGACGGGCAAGUCUUCGCUCGUCCUUAACUACCUCAUGACCUUACCCAAAGAGAGAUAUAUCACCAACACUAUUAAUUUCUCAGCGAGAACUACCGCAAACCAGACACAAGAUAUCAUCAUGUCCAAAGUGGAUAGGAGACGUAAAGGUGUGUUCGGACCAUCUAUGGGUAAAAAGUGUGUAUUGUUCGUGGAUGACUUGAGCAUGCCCCAGAAGGAGCAGUACGGAGCUCAGCCGCCGCUGGAACUGCUGCGCCAGUGGAUCGACCACGGCCACUGGUAUGACCUGAAGGAAAUGGUCAGACAGGAAGUAGUGGACGUGCUCUUCGUGUCAGCCAUGCUUCCCCCAGGUGGUGGUUCUAACCUGAUCACAGGCAGGCUGACUAGACAUAUGCUGCUUGUUACCCUGGACUCGUUCGAAGACAACACUUUGAACAAGAUCUUUGUAACUAUUAUGGACUGGCACUUGGCAAAGGGAUUUCCGGAGGCUCUUCAGAGACAAUCCAAGGCAAUAGUCGGUGCCAUAAUGGAAGUGUACAAAACCGUUACUCUUCAAUUCCUCCCGACGCCGAGCAAGUGCCACUAUCUCUUCAACCUGCGGGACUUCGCGAGAGUCGUGAAGGGUAUACUGCUGGUGCCCGCCACUCACAUGAAGGAGCUGAACAAAUUGGUCAUACUUUGGAUUCACGAGACCUACAGAGUUUUCUACGAUAGACUCGUUGAUGACACUGAUAGGUUACGUCUGUUCGACAUUGUGUACAAGUCGGUGUACGCGUACUUCCGCGUGCACUGCGACCAGGUGCUGACGGACAUGGGGUACGUGCGCGAGGGGGAGAAGUGCGGCAACAGACACGCCGCCAACAUAUUCUUCGGCAACUACAUGGAACCGGAUGCUGAUCCCAAAAUAUAUGAUCAGGUGCUGGACUUGAACGACAUGGCACAGAAAAUGGAAUACUAUUUAGAAGAGUACAACGUGGUCUCGUCGUCUCCCAUGUCGCUGGUGAUGUUCAGAUACGCGCUGGACCACAUAUCAAGAUGCUGCCGCGUGCUGCUACAAGAUAACGGCAAUUUGCUGUUAGUGGGUGUAGGCGGCAGUGGUCGAAGCAGUGCCGUUAAAUUAGCUGCUAGCAUUCUCGAAAUGAAUGUCAUACAGAUAGAAAUAUCACGAGUAUACGGUCAGACGGAGUGGCGCGAUGACAUCAGAAAGCUCCUCAUGAAGGCGGGCAUCAUCGGGAAGCCCCUGGUCUUCCUCUUCGCUGAUAAUCAAAUAAUGUACGAAGGUAUGGUGGAAGAUAUCAACAUGCUGCUGAAUACCGGCGAUAUACCGAACUUGUACGGUAUGGACGAGAAAGUGGAGAUAUUGGAUAAGAUGCAGACGGCGGUCAGGGAUGCGGGUCGAAAAAUUGAGACCACCCCGCUAGCCAUGUUCACCUUCUACGUAGAGAGAGUGAGAGCUAACCUUCGCAUCGUCCUGGCUAUGUCUCCUAUUGGCGACUCUUUUAGGAACCGCCUCAGGAUGUUUCCGUCUCUGAUCAACUGCGCUACGAUUGAUUGGUUCACGGCGUGGCCGCCAGAGGCGCUGGAGGCGGUGGCGCGCAUGUUCGUGGCGCGCAUCGAGAACGUGGAGGAGGAGCUGCAGGAGGCCUGCGUCGAGAUGUGCCAGCUCUUCCACAUGACCGUCGUCAAGCUCAGUGCAGAUUUUUAUGCGGAACAACGCCGGAUGGUAUACGUCACUCCGACCAGUUUCCUGGAGAUGAUCAAGGCCUUCCAGAAUCUGUAUGCUAUGAAAGUCAACCAGAUCACCAGCUCAAGGAUCAGGUACGAAACUGGACUCGAACAGUUAGAUUUUGCUGCAGGCCAGGUCGCCGUUAUGCAACAGCAACUAAGAGACCUUCAACCAUUGCUUGUGGAAACUUCAGAUAAGACGGAGAAACUAAUGAUCAAGAUCGAGCAGGAUACUGUCGUGGUGGAGAAGCAGAAAGAAAUUGUAGGAGCAGACGAAGCCCUGGCUAACGAAGCCGCCGCAGCAGCUCAAGCUAUCAAAGACGAUUGCGAAUCUGACUUGGCUGAAGCAGUUCCUGCCCUCGAAGCGGCCUUAAACGCCCUUAACACCCUCAAACCAGCCGAUAUUACCCUCGUCAAGAGUAUGAAGAACCCACCAGCUGGUGUCAAGCUGGUGAUGGAAGCUGUUUGUGUGAUGAAGGGUAUCAAGGGUGAUAGGAAAAUGGAUCCAAGCGGCAAAGCAAUUGAAGACUUCUGGGGUCCGUCACAGAAGAUGCUCGGUGACAUGAAGUUCCUGGAAAGCUUGAAAAACUACGACAAGGAUAACAUACCACCGGCUACUAUGAAGAAGAUCAGAGAUAAGUAUAUCCCGGACCGCGAGUUCGACCCGGCUGUGAUCGCCAAGGUGUCCUCAGCCUGCGAAGGUCUGUGUCGAUGGGUGCGAGCCAUGGACGUGUACGACAGAGUCAUCAAGAAUGAGUUAUUUACAUACACGUACAACGGCUCACGAAUGUGUCAGGUGGUGGCCCCGAAGAAGGCGGCGCUGGCGGAGGCGGAGGCGGAGCUGCAGGCGCAGAUGAACACGCUCAACGCCAAGCGGGCGCAGCUGCAGGCCGUCUUGGACAAACUACAGGCGCUGAACGACGAGUUCGCUGAAAUGACUCGCAAGAAGAAAGGGCUAGAAGACGAGAUAGACCUGUGUUCUACUAAGCUGCAGCGUGCUGAGCAGCUCAUUGGUGGACUUGGGGGGGAGAAGGCGAGGUGGACCGAGCUGGCGCACCAACUGCAAGUGCUGCUGUCCAACAUUAUUGGUGAUGUGCUGCUGGCUGCCGGCUGCAUAGCGUACCUCGGACCGUACACUGUUAACUAUAGGAAGGAUAUAGUGGUCGUGUGGAACAAACGUGCUGUUGCACUUGAAAUACCCUGCUCGGAGCAGUUCUCUCUCAUCACGACCCUGGGUGAGCCCGUGGUGAUCCGCGCCUGGAAUAUUGCUGGACUGCCCGUGGAUGCCUUCUCCAUCGAGAACGGCAUCAUAGUGGAGAAGUCAAGGAGGUGGCCGCUCAUGAUUGACCCUCAAGAACAAGCCAACAAAUGGGUGAAGAACAUGGAGCGAGAGAACCAGCUGAAAGUAAUUAAGCUCACCGACAGCAACUACGUGAGAGUGCUGGAGAAUUCCAUCCAACUCGGCUAUCCGGUCAUACUCGAGAAUAUCAGGGAGAUGCUGGAUGCUGUACUGGAACCUGUGCUGCUUAGAAAUGUAUUCAGGUCCGGCGGUAUAGACUGUCUGAAGUUUGGAGACAACAUCCUGGAGUAUAGUCACGACUUUAGGUUGUACAUCACGACCAGGCUGAGCAACCCCCACUACCUGCCUGAAAUCGCUGUUAAGGUAACUUUACUGAACUUCGUCAUAACACCUCAAGGGUUACAAGACCAACUCCUUGGUAUAGUGGUGGCGCAGGACCGCCCUGAACUAGAGCUUAAGAAGAACCAGCUCAUUGUGGAGGGUGCCAACAACAAGAGAACCCUGAAAGAGAUUGAGGAUCAAAUUCUUGAGGUACUAUCAUCAGCCGGCAAUAUUCUAGAAGAUGAAUCAGCAAAUCGGAUCCUCUCCUCAUCCAAAGUGUUGUCCAUCGAAAUUGAGGCAAAACAGGCGGCUGCUGCCAUCACCGAGUUAGAGAUAGACGAGGCCAGGCUUCUGUACGUGCCCGUCUCGUCUCACGGCUCGGUCUUGUUCUUCUGUAUAUCAGACUUGGCAAACAUUGAUCCCAUGUACCAGUACUCUUUGGUUUGGUUUAUAAACCUGUAUAAUCAGGCGAUCAUAAACUCACCCAAGAGCGACAUCCUAGAAGAGCGCAUUGAAGGGCUGAACGCGUACUUCACAAGGAGCAUCUAUGAGAACGUGUGCCGCAGCCUCUUCGAGAAAGACAAGCUGAUCUUCUCUCUCGUUCUCACGCUAGGAAUUGCUAGAGCUAAGGGUACUUUAGACGACGAACUGGUAGCGUUCUUGCUGACGGGCGGCGUGGCCCUGGACAACCCGUACGAGAAUCCAGCCCCCACCUGGCUUACCGAUAAGUCCUGGUCAGAAAUCGUGCGUUGCAGCAACAUGAAUGAAUUAAAAGGUUUCAAAGAACAUUUCGAGAAGAACCUGCCUUUAUGGAAGGCAUUCUACGACCUGUCCGCCCCUCACGAGAGCUCCUACCCGGAGCCGUUCGAUGAGAUCGAGGGCAUCGCCAAACUGAUAAUACUCAGAUGCAUUCGUCCAGACAAGAUGAUUCCACUUGUGCAACAGUACGUGGUGUCUCAAAUGGGCCAGACGUAUAUCGAACCUCCACCUUUCGACCUGGAGAAAUCAUACAACGACAGCAACUGCUGCUCCCCUCUCAUCUUCAUCCUGUCGCCGGGAUCCGACCCCAUGUCAGGGCUAGUCAAGUUCUCCAUGGAGAAGAAGGUGUACAGCUUCGAGACAAUAUCGCUCGGACAAGGACAGGGUCCCAUCGCAGCGAACAUGAUCAAUCAAGCUAUCAUCACUGGAGGGUGGGUGGUACUGCAGAAUUGCCACGUGAUGGACUCGUGGAUGGGUGAGCUGGAACGAAUUUGCGCCGAAGUGAUCAUACCGCAGUCUACUCAUCACAACUUCCGCUGUUGGCUAACUUCGUACCCGAGCAAAGCUUUCCCUGUAACUGUGUUACAAAAUGGUGUCAAAAUGACUAACGAAGCACCGAAAGGACUGAAAAAUAACAUCUACCGUUCAUACAUCUCGGAUCCAAUCUGUGACCCCGAGUUCUACAUCUCCUGCCCACGUACCGAGGACUGGCGGCGCUUGCUGUUCGCGCUGUGCUUCUUCCACGCCAUCGUGCAGGAGCGCCGCGCCUUCGGCCCCCUCGGCUGGAACAUACAGUACGAGUUCAACGAGAGCGACCUCCGCAUCUGUAUCAUGCAGCUGCAGAUGUUCCUAAGUGAGUACACGGAGACACCGUUCGACGCGCUCAACUACUUGGCCGGGGAGUGCAACUACGGUGGGAGAGUCACUGACGACAAGGACAGACGUCUCAUUCUGUCUCUGUUGUCCAUAUUCUAUAACGAGGAGGUCACUACGGACCCUGAUUACUGGUUUUCACCGAGCGGUGACUACCGCAUGCCACCCAGGUUGGACUAUAACUCUGUUUUGGAACAUAUCAGAGCCCUGCCCAUGAUUGCCAAGCCUGAAGUGUUUGGCUUACAUGAGAACGCUGACAUCACCAAAGAUAAUAAAGAAACUGGUGCGCUCCUGUUCGGCACAUUGCUGACCCAGACGUCAAUAAUGAGCAAGGGUGGUGGGGCCGAGGGCGGAGAGGGAGGCGGCGUCGUCGACAUGACCAAGGACAUGAUAUCCAGAUUCCCCAAGUCUUACGAUGUGUACGAAGUCUCCCUAAAGUAUCCCGUGUUGUACUAUAAUAGCAUGAACACUGUGCUCAAACAGGAGUUGAUACGAUACAACCGUCUAAUCGCUGUGGUGAAGCGGACCCUCAACGGGGUAUACUUGGCCGCCCAGGGCCUGGCAAUUAUGAGCGCUGAACUGGAACAGUGUAACAACGCGUUCAUUAAAGGUAUCGUCCCGGGGGUCUGGAUGUCUAAGUCGUACCCCUCUAUGAAGCCGCUCGGGUCUUAUGUGGCUGAUUUACUGGCAAGACUUAAAUUCCUUCAAGACUGGGUAGAUGAAGGGCCUCCAAUAGUCUUCUGGCUAUCUGGCUUCUACUUCACGCAGUCGUUCCUGACGGGCGUACUCCAGAACUACUCAAGACACAACAGAAUCCCCAUUGACCAAGUGCAUUUCGAGUUCCAAAUCACGGGCAUGGAGUCUGAAUGUAGCGAGUUACCGGAAUUCGGCGUUUAUUGUAAGGGCCUAUUCCUGGAAGGAGCUCGAUGGAAUAGAGAGAUCAUGCAACUGGACGAGUCAUAUCCAAAGAUACUGUUUGACACCAUCCCAAUUAUAUGGUUCCAACCAGCUCUCAUCGUCAACUUCAAUCCCCCGCCAUGUUACUUCUGCCCUAUCUACAAGACCAGCGAGAGAAAGGGCGUGUUGGCCACCACUGGACACUCCUCCAAUUUUGUCAUGUACAUCACACUGCCCACUGACGUCAAGGAGAAACACUGGAUAAAUAGGGGGGUAGCUAGUUUGACACAGUUGGAUGAUUAG